AUGGUUCUGGUGAUGCGUGACAUUCAGAUGCAGGGCAGGAAGAAGUCAUUUGAGUUUGAGGAUGUGGUGCGGCUGUCAGCCCAAACGGCCUCUAGAGGGAAGGAGAGCCGCCGCUCGGGUCUUUAUCACGCCCUGUCUGAAGACAGCAUCUAUGAGGACAUCAUCUCGGAUAUGCCAAAAGAAAACCCAUAUGAAGACAUCACGCUUUCUCUGUGUUUACCUAUAAGACGGCAACGAAACUACACAGUUGGACAAAGAGAAAGGCCACAGCUCAAGCUCUCACCGAAGCCCUUCACACUAUUGCCUAAUGGUGACCGGCUGCAUAAAGUGGGACGAGACCAUAGACAGCUAACAACAUCACCUACAUGCACCACCAUCUCCAGCUCUCCCAGAUCAUCAGCAGUCAAACCUGCUGCAACGUACAAGACAAGCCGGCAACCCCUGCAUGUUUCUAGAUCCAGGAGAUUUUUUGAGUCCAAAAGAGGAAGGAAGCGCGUUUGGGUGACUGCAACCCGCGAUGAAUUGAGUGGGACAGAAAGCGAUCCCGAGGACAGCUCUAAAGAUCGCUCUCAUCGCACAGUGUAUGUUCAGUCAACCCUGAAACAGCCAGGUUACCGCACUUUAGAGAGGGAUCUGAUCCAACUUCAGCAGCAGCAGCUUUUCCAACAGUUUGUUGUGGUGUCGCUUAGAAAAGGCUCCCCUGGAAACACAUACAUACCUGAGAUCCACACACAGUUCCCUACCAAGUUUGAGAAGUCUUCCCGUCUGUCUCGUGAGGCUGAAGACAGAUUGAGAGCGAUUCCCAAGUUUUGUUUUCCUGACUGUCAUGACUGGCGUCCCUCCUCGGACCACACCAGUGAAACGUUUUCAUUUGUCCUGACGGGGGAGGAUGGGAGUCUUAUUGGAUACUGCCGCAAAUCCUGUGGGAAAGGGAAGAGACUGCCCGAAGUUCACUGUAUCAUCAGCAGACUGGGCUGCUUCAAUCUCUUCUCAAAGAUCCUGGAGGAGGUGGAGAGGAGGAGAGAGAUUUCUCCUGCGCUGGUUUCUCCUUUCAUGCACAGCGUCAUGGAAGCUCCUUUUCCAGCUCCUGGACGCACAAUCACCGUCAAGAGCUUCCUGCCAGGGUCUGGAAAUGAGGUUCUGACUCUGUGCCGGCCGGUGGACUCUCGUCUGGAGCACGUGGACUUUGAGAGUUUGCUGCAGGUCUUAGUGUCCUCCAGACUCCUGCAGGUCUUCGCUUCACUGACGGAGAGGAGAGUGAUCUUCAUCGCAGACAAACUCAGUGUUUUAUCUCGGUGUGCCCACUCUGCCCUGGCACUACUCUACCCCUUCACAUGGCAGCACACAUUCGUGCCUGUUCUUCCGGCGGGCAUGCUGGACAUUUGCUGCUCUCCCACUCCAUUUGUAAUGGGGGCUCUGUCUCCAUCCCUGCCCGAGGUGCUGGACAUGCCCAUUGAGGAGGUGCUUAUUGUGGAUUUGUGUACGGACAAGUUUGUCGUUCAGCUUGGAGACGAGGACUGUAUUUUGCCCAGUAAACUGCAGGCAGCUCUUCAAGAGAUCCUGGAGAACAGAGAGGAGAUACUGGAACAAAACCGCAGAGACAGAAGAGGAGAUAAGUCAGACUUGAGCACGUUGGUGUCGGAGGCGUUUGUGUGGUUUUUCGUGGAGAUCGUGGGCCAUUAUUCUCUCAACAUGAGCGACUCGGGACCCGGCGGGACCAGAGAACUGCAGAGAGACGCUUUUAGAAAGUCUCACCCAUCCAGAGGCGUCCGGCAGCUCCUGCAGCUCUUCAUGGACACACAGAUGUUUGCUGGAUUCAUUCAGGACCGAGAACUCAGAAAAGGAGGAGUUAAAGGCUUGUUUGAACUGAGAGCUGCAGAAUAUCUGGAUUCGUAUCCUGAACCUGAAACCAGCGGAGUCAACAGAUUUCUCAAAGGCCUCGGAAAUAAAAUGAAAUUCUUGCAGAAGAAAUAGAGAAGGGUGUCAGAAGGUUUUUUUUGUUGUUGUUCAAAAACGUGACUCAAGCAGCAUGUGGGUUCCUCUUCUGUGAAAACUCAAGGGUGGAGAUGAGCUCAAGACUGGAAUCAACUCGUUCUGCUCUGACAUUUCUAAGCCUCAGACUUGCUGUUCUGUGGCCAAUAGAGGAAAGGGCUGGAAAUGAGUUCAUAAGCACAAGGAACAAAGACGACUGAAGAGGAAGAGGAGGAGUCUGUGUCAUGUUAAUGUAGGUUUGAUAAAUAAGGAAGAAAAACUGACUAUGAAUGAAUAAUAGCUUGGGUUGGGUUAUUUCAGAUGUUUAUGUUUAUAUGAUUUUAACCCCAUUUUUAUUAAAACAGACAAGAAGGUGGUAAGUUUGUGUUUUAAUGUUUAGUUUGAAAAAAAUAUGAUGAAGGAUGACUUCUAUUCCCCUUCAGUAAUUAAUUUAUGAUUUUUUUUGUAUGCACAGAAAUUCUUUCAUUGUCAAACAUUUAUUUCUCUGCCUCUUUUUGCGAAAUAUCAUGACAAACGUUUCAGUUUUUCAGAGGCUUUUAUAUUUUGUACAGUUUUCUUUUGUUUUUGUAGAUAAACUACAGU